AUGAAAUCGGCUCUUCUUCUCUCCGCGCUCAUCCCUAGUGUGCUGGGUGCAACCAUCUACUUUGCUGGUGACUCGACUAUGGCAAAGGGGGGGAAUGGAGCUCGCACUGCGGGGUGGGGCGAAUAUGUUACGCCCUAUACCUCACUCACCGUCUCCAAUCAAGCUGUCGCCGGCCGUAGCGCAAGGUCAUAUACACGUGAGGGUCGGUUUGAUACCAUCGCCGCAGUAGUUCAGUCUGGAGAUUGGGUGGUCAUCGAGUUCGGGCACAACGACGGUGGCUCUUUGACUCCCACCGACAAUGGACGUACCGAUUGUUCUGGCACAGGCAGCGAGAUUUGUAGUACAACCUACAAUGGGGUCGCCGAGACAGUGUUGACAUUCCCGGCAUAUAUAGAGAAUGCCACCAAGGCGUUCAAGGCCAAGGGCGCGAAUGUAAUCAUCUCGAGUCAAACACCCAACAACCCCUGGGAAAGUGGAACUUUCAUUUAUAGCCCGUCGCGUUUUGUGGGCUAUGCGCAGCUAGCCGCGGCGGCGGCCGGCGUACCCUAUGUUGACCAUGGGGCUUAUGUGGCAGACCGGUUCCAGACUCUCGGCCUGACUGCCGUCGAUGCGUACUUCCCCUUGGACCACACGCAUACCAGUGGAGCCGGUGCAUUGGUGGUGGCUCAGGCCUUUUUCAAGGCUGUGGUCUGUGGGGAUGUUGCGCUGAAUAGUUCUCUCAGCACCACCGAUUUCCCUGGCUCGUGUCUCUAG